AAAAUGCUGCACGAACUACUCUCCACACCGCGAAAAACCCCUCUACCGCGUAGUGUUACACCACGCAACUUGUCGCCCUUAGAGCGGCUACCGGAAAACUACCAGCAAGAGCAUCAACGCACAAAGUACCACUAUCGCAGCCAACAACAAUUACACUAUACGCCUGGUGAUCGACGCUUAGAUCGCACUACGCAAAGUCUACAUUACGAGUCGGUGAAAACGCCAGGCGACCGAACCAUGGCGGUGAUUACGCCACGCAUAACACCACACCAGCAAUCAAAGGCGUACCCGGAGGUGGAGGAGGAGGAGGAUUGCAGCAGCAUCCAUGGCAAAUCCACCAACAGCACCACACCCUACCCGCAGAAGGUGGCCAAUGCGGCGAUCACCUUGGCCGUCGUGUCGCUGAUGCUUGUGAUCAGCAGCAGUAUGAAUACGGCGCUUAUUAUCUACAUGAUUGCGCAUUUUGGAAAAUCAUUUUACCUGCAGUUUAGCUUGGUUGCCGCAUUCAGUGGCGUGGGGCUUGGUUUCCUCGGUUUCCGUUCGCGCCAUUGUGAAUGGUUGCCAAAUCGCAGCUACACCUCUGGUUAUAUUCUCGUAACGGUAUUCUGCCUGCUCAAAUGCUGUGGCUUAGUAGUGAUCCUAGUGCUAGAUCCUUACCCUGGGUUGCCACUACACGAUGUAACUACAGGCAUUAUACUGGGUCUAUCUACAUUCACGAUUUUCUUUAUCGGCCUGGGUGUGGUUGGAUCACUUUGGUGCUAUAGACCGCCACCAGAUAAUAGAGUUAAUGUUGCUUAAAUAAUGCAUAGAAAAUUGUUCAAACAAUUAUACAUUUGAUUUAGUUUUUAAUAACAAUUUUUUUCGAUGUAUGUAUGUGUGUACUAUAUGAACUUUUCACCGAAGUUGCAUGAACACAGAUAACUAUGUAUGCUUGUACGUUCAUUAUCCUGAGAUACGGAACAAAAGUUUUUAAAUGCUCACCAUUGUUUGAAAGCUUCCUUGGAGAGGAUUCCAGCGUCAUAAAAAUUUCCCGAAAUCGAUGAAAGGGACUUUUGUUCAUAACUUUGUUUAUUUUUAACGCGAUAUUAAAAAGUUGUGUAUCGGCUAAAAGACAUUUUUAAGAGCCACUUAUGCAAAUUUAGCUUUAAUAUACCAUUGGCCUUAAUUACCUCUUUCAAACAGUAAACUCAACUAUAUCAAUUUUUAACCGUCUAAAUUCAAUUUUGGUUAGAAUAAAAUUAUAAAACUUUUAUGGGUGAUUUUUUCCCAUGAUCCUCUAAAUUUAAGACCUAAACACUUUUUCAAUAACCAUGAAAUUUGUUCACGAAUAAAAAAAGAAAAAGGGGAAAGCUAGAUUUCAGCAUUUCCCAGAACGAAAAUUUCAAAGAUGCUAAAAUCCUCUCAAAGUAAUCUUUGAAACUAGGUGGGGCAUAUGAACAUUUUUCUGUAGUUCAGCACCGGGGCGAUCUAAUGUAUUAUUUAUUUAGCUGUAAGUUAUAUGUACGUAAUAUUCAUAGUUUACUUAUAAAAUUUAGCUACUUAUACUAGUGCGAGUAUUGGAUUCUUAAAUGUAAUUCGAAAAUAAUAUUCACGGCUAAAAUACCAAAAAAUAAGUAGGACAAGUGAAUAUCACUUUACACUGUUCGAAAAAAGACUGUAAAUAAAAAAUUUUCGAAAUAGAAAAAGAGGCACACACACAAUCCAGUUUUUAGAGAUUAAAAGGACAUACAUAUGUAAAUACCUAUGUGUAGUUACCUAAAUAAUUUUGUAUAUGUAUGGUUCUACUGUUAUAUGGUUGUAAUUAGUUAUAAACA